AUGGCGGAUAACGGCGAAAGUUCUUCGCUGACCCCGGCGCGCUCAAUGCCGAUUCGAUCGCCGUCACUUCGUUCAACAUCACCUGCACCAGAUGGAAGCAUUCGACAGGCCUCGAUGGCUCGUCUGGCAUCACCCGUUCCCUCUCCGUCUCUAGGAACCUCGCUCUCGUCUCGACAAGGUAUCCCCGGCAGUCGACCAAUUACCACCAACACAACCACGCACUUCACCUCUGAACAAAAUUUCCGAUCCGUCAAUGAUCCCUCGUCCUUGCCAGGACCGGGUCACUCUAUGAUUGCAUCUCAACUGCAAGAAAGUCUUGGUCGGUCGCCCCCAAAGUUUGGGACCCCCUCUCGAGUAGCGGGAUCGCCGAUGGUGCCCUCUGUGCUCGAAAACAGGGUCGGCACUCCACAAUAUGGGUCAUUCGAUCAUAACAACAGCUACAAUGGCGGUGACGCUCCUGCGCCACAUGAGGAUCCGGAGGUCAUUAAAAGACACCUCGUCCUGCCACAGCACGAUUCUGAAAGUCGAGAUACGGGCUCGGAGCUUGGAACUAGCCUGGGUGAUGAGCAUUUCUCUAGUCUACAACUGCAAGGCGGUGAUAUGACACGUGAGGUUUACCGAUGGGCAGAAGAUGCGGAGUCCGACAACCGAUUCGCACGCAGCAAGAGCUUCAGUGUCAGCCGGCCGGCUCCAGCAGUAGAAACCGAGGAUAUACAUAGCAUAUUGGUUCCAGGAGGGUUCCGACGCGACUAUUUGCGGAGAGCAGCAGGUAGCCCACACCGCGGAAGUGUUCAUGGAUCGAAUUCAGGAGCGCCAUCAGCCCAGCCCCAACUUCCUACUUCCAGCUUUUUGGAGUUCCUAACACUCUAUGGUCAUUUUGCUGGUGAAGAGCUUGAAGAGGAUGAUGAAGUCCUGGGUCCAGACGAGUACUUCUCGUCUGAUACUUGGGAUGAGAAUGAUGAAGCCAGAGAAUCUGGUGAAGAUGCAGCUCUGCUUCAGGGUGACAAUGCAGGCCGCAAGAAGCGCAAGCACAAGCAACGGGGACCUGCAGGUACUACCACUGUUACUGGUGCCGUCAUGUUGCUUUUGAAGUCAUUUGUGGGCACAGGAAUUCUUUUCUUGCCUCGUGCUUUCUUGAAUGGAGGCCUGCUCUUCAGUAGUAUGGUGCUUCUUGGAGUCUCGCUGCUAAGUUACUACGCAUUUAUUCUGCUUGUCAACACUCGGAUGAAGAUUAAUGGAUCUUUUGGUGAUAUCGGUGGUAUGUUGUAUGGAAAACACAUGAGACGCAUCAUCCUUGGGUCUAUUGUGCUCAGUCAGCUUGGAUUCGUGUCGGCAUACAUCGUUUUCGUGUCACAGAAUUUGCAGGCUUUUGUACAGGCUGUGAGCAACUGCAAGUCCUUCAUCGACAUCAAGUACUUGGUGCUACUUCAGCUCGUCAUUUUCCUGCCCUUGUCUCUUAUUCGCGAUAUCAGCAAGCUUGGAUUUACCGCAUUGAUUGCAGAUGCCUUUAUCUUGUUGGGUCUUCUAUACAUCUACUACUAUGAUGCUAGCACUCUUAUUAGUAACGGUGGUAUCUCAGAUGUUGUCUCGUUCAACCCUGCGACUUGGUCUAUGUUCAUUGGCACCGCUAUCUUCACUUACGAGGGUAUUGGACUGAUCAUUCCCAUCCAAGAGUCCAUGAAACAGCCUCAGCGAUUCCCAGGCGUGCUGGCUGGUGUCAUGAUUGUCAUUACCUUGAUUUUCCUCUCGGCUGGUGCCCUGAGCUAUGCAGCCUACGGAUCCGCAACUAAGACUGUCAUUCUCCUCAACUUGCCUCAGGAUGACAAGUUUGUCAACGUCGUUCAGUUGCUUUACUCGCUCGCUAUUAUGUUGAGUACCCCUCUCCAACUGUUUCCCGCGAUCCGUAUCAUGGAGAACGAACUCUUCACUCGCAGUGGUAAAUACAACCCUUAUAUCAAGUGGAAGAAGAACGCCUUCCGUUUCUUUUUGGUCAUUGUGUGCUCGAUCACGGCUUGGGCUGGAGCCGAUAAUCUAGACAAGUUUGUUUCGCUGGUCGGAAGUUUCGCUUGUGUUCCACUAAUCUACGUUUACCCGCCACUUCUUCACCUCCGUGCCUGUGCCCGUUCUCGGCGCCAGGCUAUCGCCGACGUCACUCUCACUUUCUUUGGUGUUGUUGGCUGCAUCUACACAACCGCCCUGACCCUCCAAAAUUGGGUUGGUGGUGAAGUUCCCCAAAGCCCAGGCUACUGUGAUUCUAAGUAA